UUCUCAGUACUUUUUGAUCUCAGCGCUGUUGGCCUGGCCAUGCUGGGUUGUUAGGCGCAGCCUCGGGAUGCGGUGAGGGUGCAGGCGCGGGAGCUAUGGGCUCGUAGCCCGGCUUCACAGAGAGGGCAGGGCAUAACGCCUGUAGGCUGCUGUGGCCUUUGCAGCCCAGUCUCUGAGGAAGAAAUGUCUUCUAUAAAAAGAAGCCCAAAGGAAGAAAUAAUUUCCCAGUUUCACUAUUCAGCAGCAGAAGGAGAUAUUGCCAUGUUAACAGUAAUCCUCAGUCAUUCUCCAUCUCUUCUCAAUGAAACGUCUGAAAAUGGCUGGACUGCUUUAAUGUAUGCUGCAAGAAAUGGGCACCCAGAUGUUGUCCAAUUUCUACUUGAGAAAGGGUGUGACAGAUCCAUUGUCAAUAAAUCAAGGCAGACUGCACUGGAUAUUGCUAAAUUUUGGGGUUAUAAGCAUAUAGCUAAUUUACUAGCUAAUGCUAAAGGUGGGAUGAAGCCUUGGUUCCUAACUAAUGAAGUGGAAGAUUGUGAAAAUUAUUUUAGCAGAACACUAUUAGACCGAAAAAGUGAAAAAAGAAAUAAUUCUGACUGGCUACUAGCUAAAGAAAGCCAUCCAGCCACAGUUUAUAUCCUUUUCUCAGACUUAAAUCCCUUGGUUACUCUAGGUGGCAAUAAAGAAAGUUUCCAACAGCCAGAAGUCAGGCUUUGUCAGCUGAACUACACAGAUAUAAAAAAUUAUUUGGGUCAGCGUGAAAAGAUCACCUUGAUUUUUCUUGGAGUAGAACUUGAAAUGAAAAAAGAAUCAUUUAAUUAUGCUGGAGAAGUCCCAAGAGAAGAAGAAGAUGGGUUGGUUGCCUGGUUUGCUCUAGGUAUAGAUCCUGUUGCUGCUGAAGAAUUUAAGCAAAGACAUGAAAAUUGUUAUUUUCUUCAUCCUCCGAUGCCAGCUCUUCUGCAAUUGAAAGAAAAAGAAGCUGGGGUUGUAGCCCAAGCAAGAUCUGUUCUUGCCUGGCACAGUCGAUAUAAGUUCUGCCCAACCUGUGGAAGUGCAACUAAAAUUGAAGAAGGUGGCUACAAAAGAGUCUGCUUAAAAGAAGACUGCCCUAGCCUCCAUGGUGUUCACAAUACAUCAUAUCCAAGAGUUGAUCCAGUAGUAAUCAUGCAAGUUAUUCAUCCAGAUGGGACCAAAUGUCUUUUAGGCAGGCAGAAAAGAUUUCCCCCAGGAAUGUUUACUUGCCUUGCUGGAUUUAUUGAACCUGGAGAGACAAUAGAAGAUGCUGUUCGGAGAGAAGUAGAAGAGGAAAGUGGAGUCAAAGUUGGCCAUGUUCAGUAUGUCUCUUGUCAGCCAUGGCCAAUGCCCUCCUCCUUAAUGAUUGGUUGCUUAGCUGUGGCAGUGUCUACAGAAAUUAAAGUUGACAAGAAUGAAAUAGAGGAUGCCCGCUGGUUCACUAGAGAACAGGUUGUGGAUGUUCUGACCAAAGGGAAGCAGCAGGCAUUCUUUGUGCCUCCAAGCCGAGCUAUUGCCCAUCAGUUAAUCAAACACUGGAUUGGAAUGAACCCCAAUCUCUAAAUCAAAUAACUAGAUUUUGAGUAUUAAUUGAUUUCUAAUAACUUAUUCCUCAAGUGAGUUAGAAAUAUUUAGUGCUCUUUGGAAUGUCACAACACAGUAUUGGAUUUCCGAAAUAUUUUCAACACGUACUUUCCAUCUUAACCAUAGAAUCUGUGUUUUUGUAAGUUACAACACUGCCUCAGAUUUUGUUAAAUCCAAGUCAGCCUCUCCAAAUUUUUUUUUUGGUUGUGCUCCACAACCAAAAUACGGUUUUGUGGAGCAAAACCAUAUUUCUAUUACGAAAAAUCAUGUUAUAAAGAUGGAUACUCUAAAAUGUAAACAAACCUAAAUUCCAGUGCCUCUUUAAAGCAUUAGACUGCUCACUGAAGUUCUAUUCUUGAGAAAUAAUUUUAAUGAAUUUUAAGCUUCAUUUCCAGUCAUUGUAUUACCAUAAAGGUUCUUUCAGCCGUCAGUAGCUGAUUUUUGUUCACUUCCCAUUGUAUUCCACUUUUUUUCCUGGUUUCACUGUUCUAGCAGUGGUGCUGUUAUAGUGCUACCAUGUGUCUGUUUUGAUCAGUGUUAAGAAUUUUCUACUUUAACAACUCUGCUAGUGAUCAGAAUACCAUGCCUUCGUGAAAGGAGAGUUUAGGUGAGAGCAUACCAUUAUGUAUGGGACCUCCCCCUUAAACCUAAAAUCAAUUAAUAUGUAUAGUUAUCUGUUACACUCAAAGUUGUUUUUAAGACAAAUCAAAAUUCUCUGCUUUCUCACUGAAAUCAAGUUUAUUUAAAGAAUUCUCAAAGAUCAGAUGUUUAAUAUUUCCCAGAUAGGUUUACAUAUUCAAUAAAAACACUGGCUUUAUGUCAUUUUGUGAUAAGGGAUUUAUCUGUAUUAGCAAAAAUUAUGUAAUCAUUACUAAUUGUAUUUACUAAACUCAAAUGUAACAUUUUGAUUUUGGCCUUAUUUCAACACAUUCUAAGAAGCCUUUAUAAAAUAAGUAUAUCUUAGAACUGAAUCAGCAAGAUUCAGAAAAAAGUAAAUUGUAGUAAUUCGCAAUUUCACAACAUAGAACUGUCAUAUUUUAUAAGGCUAUUUUGAAAUUGUUUUAAAAGCUAGUCUAUAAAUGUAUAAGUUUACAUAAUUUGGCUCUUUAAUAUUUUAUGUUAGAACUGGAAGAGACCAUAAGGAUAAUAUAUGUAGAUCAGUGACCUUUUAUAGAUAAAGAAA